AUGGCGCCACCCCCUGCACUCGAAACGCCGCUGUGCAAGCUCCUGGGGAUCAAGUACCCCAUCAUCCUGGCGGGCAUGGCGCGCACGUCGGGCGGGCCGCUGGCGGCGGCGGUGUCGAACGCCGGGGGGCUGGGGGUGAUUGGCGGGCUGGGGUACACGCCGGCGCAGCUGCAGGCCAUCAUCGACGAGCUCAAGGCGAACCUGGCGGACCCGUCGCUGCCGUUCGGCGUGGACCUGGCGCUGCCGCAGGUGGGCGGCUCGGCGCGCAAGACGAACCACGACUACACGCACGGCCAGCUGGACGCGCUGGUCGACGUGACGAUCCGCAGCGGCGCGCGGCUGUUCGUGUCGGCCGUGGGCGUGCCGCCGGCGCGCGUCAUCGAGCGCCUGCACGCGGCGGGCGUGCUCGUCAUGAACAUGGUGGGCGCGCCGCGGCACGCGGUCAAGGCGCUCGAGGCCGGCGUCGACGUCGUGUGCGCGCAGGGCGGCGAGGGCGGCGGGCACACGGGCGACGUCGCCAACUCGAUCCUCAUCCCGGCCGUGGCCGACGUCGCGCGGCGGUACCGCUCGCCGCUGACGGGCGCGCCCGCCACGGUCGUCGCCGCGGGCGGCAUCCGCGACGGCCGCGGCCUCGCCGCCAGCCUCAUGCAGGGCGCCCAGGGCGUCUGGGUCGGCACGCGCUUCGUCGCCAGCGCCGAGGCCGGCUGCUCGCGCCUGCACAAGCAGGCCGUCGUCGACGCCGGCUUCGGCGACACGCUGCGCACCCUCGUCGUCAGCGGCCGCCCGCUGCGCGUCCGGCUGAACGACUACAUCGCCGGCUGGGAGGCGCGCCCGCAGGAGAUCAAGGCGCUGACCGACGCCGGCGUCGUGCCCUUCGAGAAGGACAUGGACGAGGGCAAGGACGUCGACAUCCCCUUCCUCAUGGGCCAGGUCGCCGCCGUCAUCGACGACGUCAAGCCCGCCCGGGAUAUCGUCGAGGACAUGGUGAGGGAGGCCGUGGACAUGCUGCGGUUGGGCCAGAGCUACAUCGGGAGCGGCGGGGCCGGUGGGCAGAGUAAACUGUGA